AUGGCCUCACCACCUAUACCCAUUCAGUCGUCCGGGCGACGUAGGGGGUCUGCCGCACGUAGGGAGUCUCGGGACUUCCAUGAAACCAUCUUCGACACAGUAUCCCUUCUCGGAACCUCGUACCUGUCCACCGCACCAAUCGCCCAAGAGAUCCUCGCCAGGGAUUUAGCAGAGUUGGAGGAUGACGAGCAACAUGAACGAGACGAGGAAUGCCGCUCCGAUAAUGAGGAAGAUGUCGAACCGCCUAUCGACGUCGGGUCUCUACCCGUUGGUCAUCUCGUCUCACGGCCUGGUGGUGUCGCUUAUGGCACCCUCAGACCCAUCAUCGCCAGCGAAAUGCAAGGUAGUCCGAUUGUUUGCGAGACCGAUGUUGUCGAAUCGCGCGCCGCAGAACGCAGUCUUCUUCGCGAUAACCAUCUGCUCCCACCCAAGCAUCCUCGGUCACCCGACGAUCCUCUAUGGAAAAAAUUGUACCGUCGUCUGUUUAGCACCAAGGUCCCUGUCUCAGACAAGGCCUUCGAGGAGACACCGCUUCUUCAGGAGUAUCCUUUGCCGCCAUCGCCAACCAUCAGCGAGGAGAUCAAUCAGUGGGAACGAGCUGUUGCUCAGAACAUGCUCAAGACAACCUGGCAACGUGAGGCCCAGACAAUUACCAAGUACUCGCGAUCACUGAUUGUGACUUUCCUGCUGCACUACUCGGUCACCGUGACCAGUGUCUUUACAGUCGGACGAAUUGGGCGCUUGGAGCUCGGAGCAGUCAGUCUUGCUACCAUGACGGCCAACAUCACAUGUUACGCUCCAGUUCAGGGGCUUUCGACAUGCUUGGAUACGCUCUGCGCCCAGGCAUUUGGUUCUGGUCACAAGAAGCUGGUCGGUCUUCAGCUACAGAGAAUGACUUAUCUUUUGUGGCUCCUGCUCCUGCCCAUUGCAACGCUGUGGUGGUUCUCGGGUGGCGUGUUGAACCGCAUUAUCCCCGAUCCGGAUACCGCAGCACUGGCCGGCAUGUAUCUUCGAGUCCUCAUUCUUGGAACUCCCGGAGUGGCGGCGUUUGAGAGCGGCAAGCGUUUCGUCCAAGCCCAAGGUCUCUUCCACGCCACCACAUUCGUUCUGCUUAUUGGUGCACCACUGAACGUGCUGGCCAACUGGUUUUUCGUUUGGAGAAUGGGAUGGGGAUUCACGGGUGCCGCAAGCGCUGUCGUUUUUACGCAGAACCUUUUGCCGUUCCUUCUCUUCCUCUAUGUCUGCUUCAUCCAGGGUAUGGAGUGUUGGAACGGACUGAGUCGACAUGCGUUCAGUAACUGGGGUCCUAUGAUCCGACUGGCUUUGCCUGGCAUGAUUAUGGUUGAAGCUCAAUACUUUGCUUUUGAAGUUCUCACACUUGCCGCCAGUCAAUUCGGCAGUGCCCAUCUGGCUGCGCAGAGCGUCCUCGUCACGGUCACAUCGACGACGUUCAAUAUUCCUUUCCCACUCUCUAUUGCUGCGUCCACGCGUGUGGCUAACCUCAUUGGCGCCAAACUGAGUGACGCUGCGCGUACCAGUGCCAAAGUGGCACUGUGCUGCGGUAUUGUUGUUGGUCUGUUCAACAUGACACUACUCAGCAGUUUGAGGUUCAAGAUUCCGUAUCUUUUCACCAAGGAUGAAGAAGUGGCUGCUAUCGUGUCCAAGGUUCUACCAAUCUGCGCAGUGUUGCAAUUGGUAGAUGCUCUGGCGGCCAUAUCCCACGGUCUGCUCAGAGGCAUUGGCAGACAAGGAAUUGGCGGUUUCACCAAUCUCUUCUCGUACUACCUGAUUGCCCUGCCCAUUUCGUUCUCGACUGGAUGGGCUCUGGGAUGGCAACUGCAAGGACUCUGGUUUGGAGUUGCAAUUGGUCUGGCUGUGGUAUCCACAGUUGAGCUCUGGUAUCUCCACCAGGCCGAUUGGGAGCACGCCGUUCAAGAAGCCGAAAACCGGCUGAGGUCUGAUGAAGCUUGUCAUCAAAGUCAGCGUAGGGAGUCUAAGUAA